AUGGAUCUACCUGAUGAUCUUUUUGAGGAGGGUUUGAAUCCAUGGAAAUUCUUUCUAAUCAGUAGAUUGUAUCUACAGAAAGUGAAGUUUAUUGAUGUAGCAAUUAUUUUAAGGAAUCAAUGGAAACUGGUAGGAGAUUGUAAACUGAUUCCAUUAGGAAAAUGUUACUUUGCUAUUAAGUUGGAUAACGAAAUUGAUAGGAAAUAUAUCAGAGUUGGUGCUUGGGAUGUUCUUAAUCAAAGAUUAAAGAUAAGAAACUGGAAAAUAAUUUUUAAGAUCUGUGAAGAGAUUGGAACUCCAAUUAAAGUUGAUGAAGCUACUCUUAAAUGUGACUUUGGUUAUUAUGCUAAUGUAUUGGUUGAGGUGGAUUUUGCUCAACCAAUACCUGGUAAAAUAUGGAUUAAUACUAAGUUUGGAGGUUUCUUUCAAUCCAUAUCAAUUCCUGAUAGUCCUAAAUUUUGCAACAACUGUAGGAUUAUUGGUCAUCUAGUAACUGAAUGCAGAGCUAAGAAGAACAACAACAGAGAUUAUCAUAAUGAUACUUCUCCUUUUCAGCAACAACAAGAAGUGGACAAACAAACUCCAGUAAAAUAA